UUUGCUGGAAAAGCUUAAUUUUGAGUAUUGACUUGAAGUAAGAGAGGUGGUUGCAAGGAAGCCUUUAAGGAGGCAGUUCCAUGCUAAAGUUGGAGCUAGAGAAGCAAAGGUCAAAGAAAGCAAUAUGUAUGGGAUAUAAGAAUAAACACAUCAAAUACGAUGGCAGAAAGGACAAAAGGAGGUGACAGAAGGGGCUGAAAGAGUGGAGAAGUACAAUAUUAGGCCAGACUAUUGAUUUAAUUUUAGCAAUGAACGGGGGGAUUAACUAUUCUCUAGAACAAAGAGUUAAUCUGUAAGGUUAAUUAACUACUGAAGUGUGUGAAUAUUUUAUCAAUGGCAUAUUGUAUACAAUAUUUCCUAUUUAUGGAAAAUAGCAUGCAGCAUUUUAUUCCUCCCAUAGCUUGUUGCACAUGUGUGGGAGAGUUGCAGCAGCAACGAACCGUACAGGAGUUAGAAGCGGUAGCAUAUUCACUGUUUCACCUGCCUUCCCUCCUUUUCUAGAUCAAGGCAUGAUAUAAUGAAGAUUGCUCCCCAAGAUGUUCUCACAUCAUAACACCCUUCAAGCCCCACCAAUGCCUGCGGUGUAUAUAGCUGUUUUCUUACAUGUAAUAUUUCUUUUAUUGACAAGCAUAGAUCUUUACUGAAAACAAGUCAACAUAUUUAAAACCUUCAUGGACAUGAAAAUCUCCAAAGUCAUAGUUAGGUUCUACCUUUAUCAGACCAACAAAAAUAUUACAAAGUAAUGAAAAGCGUGCUAGUUCUCACUUAUUCUUCUUCGGACUGGGCGGUAAAUGAAACAAGAACAUGGAAUGUAAAGCAAGCCAGGAAUGAUGAGAAACCACCAACUGCUGCAAAACCUGGUGUAUGUUGGAAACCCUAACCAGGUAGCGAUCGUACUGAGGCAGAAUCGAUUUCCCGGCUUCGGGCUGCUUUCCCCUAUUGUGCCUUUUGCGGUUUUGUAUUUGAAGCAAAAUAAACUACUAGCUAGCUUGCCGUUUCACAGUUGCUUGCGUGACGUUUCUCUACCUAUGCAGCUUUUCUUUAUCAGGCAUCGCUUCACUAGCCCAGCACGAGCUUCUCCCAAUAUUCGCAUGCUAAAAUAAUGCAAACUAACAGGAAUCUCCACUGAUUGAUACCGGCACGGUAGCAGCAGCAGCCAGCAGCUCUGCCUACUUGGGUGAGCUGAUACUGCCCCCAAAGUCCUCGUUGAUUGGCCGAGGCGCUCUUGCGUUUGCAUCAGUCCAGAUCGGAUGUUACGCGCUGCAACCUGGGAACUGUAGUUUUUCAGAGAGAAAUUCUGCUGUUAGUGCACUUCGGAGAAGACUUCAUGUCCCAGCAUGCCGCAGGACGAAAGAUUCUGGUGUGUACCUGUCGUCAACGUUUUUAUUUUUUGCCUCAUCCUAAAGGGAUGCUACUGCUGGAUCCAGGUCGUGCGUGGUGGACGUCUGGUGUAGAGCAACAGGAUGAAUGGGACAUGCUUGCGGAAAAGAAGAGGUGGUCCAUAUAAAACAGAGCCUGCCACGGAUUUAACUCGCUGGCGCUUGAGCAACGAAGAAGGACGGCAGCAGUGGCAGUAUCUGGCAAAUGGCGAGGAUCAUAAAAGAGAACAAACGGGUUUGGAGGCUCACUCUCUAGGGCUGGAUACAAGUAAAUUCUUUCCAGUUCUGCCUAAGGCUUACACGGCACAGGAAGCAGCACUAAAUGGGGUGAGGUUUUACUCAGGCCUGCAGGCAGAGGAUGGCCAUUGGACUGGGGACUACGGAGGACCACUUUUUUUAUUGCCCGGGCUGCUAAUCACAUGCCAUGUUGCCAAGAUCCAAUUACCAGAAGCAAGCAAAAAGGAGAUGGAACGCUACCUACGUUCAGUGCAGCUCGAAGAUGGAGGAUGGGGCCUGCAUAUUGAAGACACAUCCAAAGUAUUUACUACUGCGCUCAACUACACAGCCAUGAGACUUCUUGGAGUCAGUCCUGAUGAUCCAGAUCUACUGCGGGCUCGAAACAACCUCCAUAGCAAAGGUGGUGCUGUAGGAAUCGCUUCCUGGGGUAAAUUUUGGUUGGCUGUCUUGAAUGUCUACAGCUGGGAUGGAAUGAAUACACUUUUUCCUGAGAUGUGGCUGUUUCCUUCAUGGAUGCCAGUCCACCCUUCGACUCUUUGGUGUCACUGCCGUCAGGUUUACCUGCCAAUGGCCUACUGUUAUGCUGCACGCCUCACUGCAGAGGAAGAUGAGCUUAUCCUCAGCCUCCGACAGGAGCUCUAUGUAGAAGACUAUUCCAGAAUUGACUGGCCUGCGCAGAGAAAUAACGUUGCUUCAGAUGAUGUAUUCACCCCACACAGCUGGCUACUUACAAUUGUCUAUGCAAUAAUUAACACCUAUGAAAGAUUCCACAGCAAGAGUCUGAGACACCGAGCCAUGGAUGAGCUCUAUGAUCACAUCAAGGCUGAUGACCGAUUCACCAAGUCCAUAAGCAUUGGCCCUAUAUCUAAAACAAUUAACAUGCUUGUGCGCUGGUAUGUGGAUGGAGACAAGUCUCCUGCAUUCCAAGAACAUGUCUCUAGAAUCCCUGACUACCUCUGGCUAGGACUGGAUGGCCUGAAGAUGCAGGGUACCAACGGUUCCCAGCUUUGGGAUACAGCAUUUGCUGUCCAAGCUUUCCUGGAGGCUGAUGCCCAGAAGUUACCGGAAUUUACCUCCUGUCUGAUACAUGCUCAUGAGUUCCUCAGAAUCACGCAGAUUCCAGAUAAUCCUCCUGAUUAUAAGAGCUACUAUCGUCAGAUGAGCAAGGGUGGAUUUCCUUUCAGUACUCGUGACUGUGGAUGGAUAGUUGCUGAUUGCACCGCAGAAGGGCUGAAGUCUGUGAUGCUACUGCAGGAAAAAUGCCCAUUCAUAAAGGACCACAUUCCACCUGACCGUCUCUUUGAUGCUGUGGAUGUGUUGCUGAACAUGCAAAAUGCUGAUGGGGGCUUUUCUUCCUAUGAAACGAUGCGUGGAGGCUGGCUUUUGGAGCUACUGAAUCCUUCUGAGGUGUUUGGUGACAUCAUGGUAGAUUAUACUUAUGUAGAGUGUACCUCAGCAGUGAUGCAGGCACUGAAACAUUUCCAUGAUCGCUUCCCUGAGCAUCGGUCACUAGAGAUCAGAGAGACACUCCAGAACGGUUUGCAGUACUGCCGGAGAGUGCAAAGACCUGACGGCUCCUGGGAAGGGAGUUGGGGUGUGUGCUUUACCUAUGGCACGUGGUUUGCACUGGAAGCAUUUGCUUGUAUGAAGCACACCUACCAGAAUGGAAUAGCCUGCCAGGAGGUAUCUCGUGCUUGUGAGUUUUUGGUCUCCAAACAGAUGGAGGAUGGUGGUUGGGGAGAGGACUUCACAUCUUGUAUACAGCGUAGAUACAUUCAGAGUACCACAUCACAGAUCCACAACACCUGCUGGGUCCUUCUGGGCCUCAUGGCUGUUAGAUAUCCAGAUGUGAGAGUCUUGGAGAGAGGGAUCAGUGUUUUGAUUGACAAACAACUACCUAAUGGGGACUGGCCUCAGGGGAACACUGCUGGAGUAUUCAACAAGACCUGUGCCAUCAGCUACACCUCCUACCGAAAUGUCUUCCCUAUCUGGGCCCUGGGACGCUUUUCUCAUCUUUAUCCUGGCAGUCCUGUGGCUAGCAAGCUCUCAACCGAGGCAUUAAGAAAUGGAGAGAAGGGACUGCCUGGGGACAUGUCAAAUGGACUGAGAUUGCCACUCGCCUCUUUCUAAAUUUGGAGCUUGUAACCAACAUGACAGACAUGAACUGCCAGUCUCUCUGAGCUGUUUUAUACCUUUCUAAACUGCUGAGCUAUUUAGGAAAGACUGGAAGACUAAGUCUCAAGGAACCAGUAAGGAGAGCAAAUAGAUGGAAAGCUCCUCCAGAUUGUCAUCCUCUUAGUUCUUGCUUUAUUCAUAAAAGCUUAACCAAGGCAUAGUGUUGGCUUGCAGACAUACAGACCGUGAGCUAGCUAACUUCCAUUCCUGUGUGCACACGUCACUGAUGCUUGUUUGCUAGAGUUACAGCAUGCUUCGGGCAAGUGUAAUCCUGCUGCUUCGCUUAGGUUGGUUCUACAUGAGGUGUCAGCGAAGAAGGACAACUUUUAGAAUAAUUGAUGUGAAUAAACAAAGACCAUUAUCAUGAA